AUGUCGACAUUGAAAGAACUUGCAGAAUAUGGUCAGAGUCUAAACUUGACAGGUGUGGACUUGCAGCAGUUUAUACAGCAACAACAGGCACAUCAACGUGAGCUACGAGCAGCUGAACAGGAAAAACAUAAACAGGAUAAGGGAGUAUCAUCUCAAGGUCGAGCACUGGAUGUGUAUGCACUGUUGCCGCAGGAGAAAGUGUUGGACUAUGAUGAUUCGAAGACAGCGUUACUAAAAAGGUUUGAAAAGACGGAGGACGGAUUUCGUCAAAACUUCCGUAAGAGCAGACCUGACGAAGGGGAAACCUUUUCACAGUUUGAUGUUCGUCUCGGUAGUUAUCUUGAUAGGAAAAAGGAGGGACCGGCAGAUAUAAAAGUAAGUGCUGAUCUAUCUGAGAAUGAAAAAGCAGAGGUCAAGACACUGCUAGAGGAUUUUUCAGAUGUUUUAUCAGAUGUACCUGGUUUGACGAAUCUCGGAGUUCAUCAUUUCAAGUUGACUAGUGACUGGCCUAUUCGCAUUAAGCCUAAUCCUCUGCCGUUUACUUCAAAAGACGUUGUUUGUGACGAGGUAAAGAAGGAGGUGGAAGCCGAUGCGAUCGAGCCUUCGAUGAUUCCAUACAGUUCCCCGAUAGUCAUCCUGAAAAAGAAGGACGGUUCGAACAGGUUUUGUUUCGAUUUUCGUGCAAUUAAUAAAGGAAACUGGCAGCUACCAUUGGAUGAUGCAGCAAAGAUGAUCACCGCUUUCCAAAUGCCAUUUGGUCUGUUUCAAUUCAGGGUGAUGCCCUUUGGCUUGAUAAACGCUUCCGCAAGUUUCAGUCGCCUGAUGCGUAAGCUUGUAGACGGAAUGCAGUGUGUGGAUAAUUUUAUAGACAAUGUGAUUGUGUACACUUGA